CACUUCGUAUUAAAAUCAUCUCUCACGUUUCUCAUAAUGUCCCAACUGGGCACCACCAUUCGUCCAAUGAAACGACGUAACUUGUUGUUUCUUCCUCCCAAAACGUAGCGUAUCACUUUAAUAAUGCACUUCAUUUCAUUUUCUUCAGAUAACGAUCAUCCACCUCCUUCACCUUCUCACCAACUCUCUACUUCCUCACUCUCUUCCGCCAUUUUAAUCCACUGAAAUCUCUCAAUUUUCAAAUUCAAAUUCAAGGUUUCUACUAACGUAUGACUGAUUCCACUAUUUAAUUGAAUAGUGAAAGUCUCAAAUUCUUCGUCAAUGGCGGAAUUAGUAGCAGCAAUUAUUGCUGCGAUGGUAAUAAUGUCAGUUAAUUUAGUAGAGUCGAAGUUUAUGGUCUACAAUACAUCGGCGAAAAUAGUUCCGGGAAAACUCAACGUUCAUUUAGUUCCUCACACUCACGACGAUGCUGGUUGGUUGAAAACCGUUGACCAGUACUACGUUGGUUCUAAUAACUCCAUUCAGGGAGCAUGUGUUCAGAAUGUAUUGGACUCUUUAAUUCCGGCAUUACUAGCGGAUAAGAAUAGGAAAUUUGUUUAUGUUGAGCAGGCGUUUUUCGAGCGGUGGUGGAGAGAUCAGAGUGAGGCCAUGCAACACAUAGUCAGCGACUUGGUCAAAUCUGGUCAACUUGAAUUCAUAAAUGGGGGCAUGGUCAUGCAUGAUGAGGCUGCUACACAUUACAUUGAUAUGAUUGAUCAAACAACACUUGGACACCGAUUCUUGAAGAAAGAAUUUGGGCUGACACCCAGAAUUGGAUGGCAAAUUGACCCUUUUGGGCAUUCGGCUGUUCAGGCUUAUUUGUUGGGGGCUGAGGUUGGAUUUGAUUCCUUAUUUUUCGCUAGAAUAGACUAUCAAGAUAGGGAAAAACGUAUGGCUGACAAAAGCCUUGAAGUUGUCUGGCAGGGUUCUAAGAGUCUUGGGGCCAGUGCUGAGAUCUUUACUGGUGCUUUUUGGCAAGGAAAUUAUGAACCUCCAGAUGGUUUUCAUUUUGAAGUUAAUGAUGACUCUCCAAUUGUCCAAGAUGACCCUACCUUGUUCGACUACAAUGUUCAAGAUCGUGUCAAUGCCUUUGUUGAUGCUGCAUUAGCACAGGCAAAUGUUACUCGAACAAAUCAUGUAAUGUGGACCAUGGGAACUGAUUUCAAGUACCAAUACGCUUAUUCAUGGUUCCGGCAAAUGGACAAGCUGAUUCAUUAUGUUAACUUGGAUGGACGUGUCAACGCGCUCUACUCGACCGCAUCAAUAUACACGGACGCAAAACAUGCAACUCAAGAAAUCUGGCCAACAAAAACUGAUGAUUUCUUCCCAUACGCAGAUAGAAUUAAUGGUUACUGGACCGGAUACUUUACUAGCAGACCAACUUUGAAGCGUUACGUUAGAGAGAUGAGUGCCUACUAUAUGGCAGCAAGGCAACUGGAAUAUCUUAUAGGAAGGCGUAAAUUAGGCCCUAAUACUGACGCAUUAGCAGAUGCUUUAGCUAUAGCUCAACACCAUGACGCAGUUACUGGUACUGAAAAGCAGCAUGUAGCUAAUGAUUAUGCAAAAAGACUUUCAAUUGGUUAUCAAGAGGCGGAGGCAUUGGUUGCAUUAUCAAUUGGAUGCCUUACUGAAUCUUCCCCCUCUACUAGUUGUCAGAAGCCAACAACAAAGUUUCAACAGUGUCCUCUGUUAAAUAUAAGUUACUGUCCUGCAUCAGAAACUGACCUGUCUCAUGGGAAAAAUUUGGUUAUUGUAGUCUAUAAUCCCCUUGGAUGGAAGAGAGAAGACAUUAUUCGCAUUCCGGUUAAGAGUGAAUCUUUCGUAGUUCGUGAUUAUGAAGGAAGGGAGAUAGUGUCACAAGUACUUCCUAUAUCUGAUGUGCAAUUGAGCUUAAGUAAAUUUUUUGUGACUUCAUACUUGGGGGUAACUGUAAGAGAUGCACCUAACUAUUGGCUUGCAUUUAGAGCAUCUGUACCACCUCUUGGUUUCAGCACGUAUACUGUAUCUGGUGUUAAAGGUUCUAAAUUGACAAGAUCAUCUGUUGACACACAUCAAGGAAAUAAGAAGUUUACUUUUGACAUUGGAUCAGAGAUUCUGAAAGUUCAACUCUCUGAGAAUGGAAAGUUGAUUUAUGAUAACAAAAAGAGAAAGUUGGGUAAGAAAUCUGUUGAAGUAUCUUAUGGUUUUUAUGCUGGAUACGAAUACAAUGAAACUGAGAAAUAUCCCCAGGCUUCCGGUGCCUAUGUGUUCCGUCCAAAUGGCACAUUUAUGAUGCUAUCUAAGGGAAAGGUUCAAUCCACUGUUGUGCGCGGUCCUUUGAUAAAUGAAGUUCAUCAGCAGAUAAAUUCAUGGAUUUAUCAGGUCACCAGGGCUUACAAGGAUAAUGAGUAUAUCGAAGUUGAAUACACAGUUGGGCCUAUACCAGUUGAAGAUGGGAUUGGAAAAGAAGUUGUAGCUAAAUUGUCUACUGACAUACAGUCAAAUAAAAAAUUCUACACGGAUUCAAAUGGUCGUGAUUUCAUUGAAAGGAUUCGUGAUUAUAGAUCAGACUGGGAUUUGCAAGUAAAUCAACCAGUUGCUGGAAACUAUUAUCCUAUCAAUCUUGGAAUAUAUUUGCAAGAUGGUAUGAGCGAAUUCUCUGUUUUGGUAGAUAGAUCUGUUGCUGGGUCUAGCAUAUUGGAUGGUCAGAUAGAGCUCAUGCUUCAUAGACGGUUGCUCAAAGACGAUGGUAGAGGUGUUGCAGAAGCUCUAAAUGAAACAGUUUGUGCUCUUGAGAAGUGCAUAGGCUUAGUUGCCCAAGGAAAAUUUUAUAUCAAAAUUGAUCAUCUAGGAGAGGGUGCCAAAUGGAGGCGUUCAUUUGGUCAGCAAAUAUACUCUCCACUUCUCUUGGCCUUCAGUGAACAGGAUGAAGACACCGGGUUGAAUACUCGUAUACCAAUGUUUUCAGGAAUGGAUUCAAGUUACAGUUUACCCGAAAAUGUUGCGAUGAUCACCCUUCAGGAACUUGAUGAUGGAAAAGUCCUGCUUCGCUUGGCACAUCUGUUUGAGGUUGGAGAAGACAAGGACCUUUCAGGCACGGCAAAGGUAGAACUGAAAAAACUAUUCUCGUCAAAGAAGAUUGAAAAAAUAAUGGAGACAAACCUUUCGGCAAAUCAAGAGCGAGCAGAAAUGGAGAAGAAGAGACUGGUUUGGAAGUCUCAAAGCUCUUCUGCAAAGGCAUCCAAAGUGACACGAGGCGGACCGAUUGAUCCUACAGAUCUGAUUGUGGAACUUGCUCCAAUGGAAAUUCGUACGAUGCUGAUUGAAUUCAGCCAGAAAUCUGACAGAAUCUUUGAUAUUUGAAAAUCAGGUAUUACGCCCCAUUAGUCGUUACCCUCAGCUGGCGUUCAACCUGACACUGCUUUGAAGAUUUCACAACUUUCUUUCCGGGAUGAAGGCCACCAGUGUAUGUAAUGUCGUAGAUGCUUGUUUGUGGUUUUAUUCGUUAGUUGAAACUGUGGUUAGUUGGGUGAAUUAGGGGCGAAUUCCAACACAGCCAUGGGUGUAACUCGAUUCCAAAACCUCGAGAUCAGAGAUGUUGGCUGCGCCUGUAGGCCAACAUCGAUUGCUCAAUCUUAUACACUCUUGUUCUUGUACAAUAAAAUAAAAAGUGAAGAUUUGGAGCA